AUGAAAAGUAAUUUCCUCUUCUUAAAUAACAAAUUUAAUGAUUUAUUAACCUGGACUGUAAAUCGUUGCAGAUUAAAAGGUACAACCUUUUAAUGCACGCAUCACUGGUUGUACAUUCUCAAGCAUGUAUAUAUAUAUGUAUUUAUUUUUAGUGAGAGAAAGAGACGUUACUGCUGUUUCUCUCUCUCUAUUGUCCUUUCUCUACGGUAGAUAGGACCGUCGGGCAGCACGAGAGUUGAUCGGAGCUCCGGGAUGGCGUCAUUGUCCUCGUCGCCGAAUCCGUCGUUCUGCUCCCGUUUCUGGUCGUCGGCGUUGAGGUCGAAGCCCCUCGCUCCGCCUUCGGGUGGCGGCGCCGUUAGGACGAACUCCGGCGAGGGUCUGGUUCGGCGGUUGGGCCUCUUAGAUCUCAUUCUAAUCGGCAUUGGCGCCUCCAUCGGCGCUGGAAUAUUCGUCGUCACCGGCACCGUUGCCCAUGAUGCCGGUCCCGGAGUUACAAUUAGCUUCAUCAUAGCUGGAAUAUCUUGUGUGCUGAAUGCACUCUGUUACGCCGAACUAGCUUCUCGAUUUCCUGCAGUUGUUGGAGGAGCAUAUCUGUACACAUACUCAGCUUUCAACGAGAUCACAGCUUUUCUUGUCUUCACUCAGUUGAUGCUCGAUUAUCACAUAGGUGCAGCUAGCAUAGCACGUAGCUUAGCUAGCUACGUGAUUACGGUAUUGGAGCUGAUUCCUUCUCUCAAGGACACCAUUCCAAGCUGGGUUGGGCAUGGCCAAGAAGUCCUCGGAGCAUUAUCUAUUAACAUAUUAGCCCCCGUAAUCCUAGUACUUUUGACCCUGGUUCUUUGUCGGGGUGUUAAAGAAUCUUCGAUCUUGAACUCGAUCAUGACAGUUAUAAAGGUCCUCAUUGUCCUAUUUGUGAUAAUUGUGGGAGCUUUUAAGGUUGAUGUUUCGAAUUGGUCUCCUUUCGCUCCAAACGGUCCCAAGUCAAUAUUGACUGGAGCAACCGUUGUUUUCUUCGCGUAUGUAGGAUUCGAUGCAGUUGCUAAUUCGGCUGAAGAAUCAAAGAGACCCCAGAGAGACUUACCGUUAGGCAUAAUCGGUAGCCUCGCUGUCUGUAUUGUACUGUACAUUUCAGUAUGCUUAGUUAUUACCGGAAUGAUUCCUUACAAAAAUAUCGGAGAAGAAGCACCCUUGGCUAAAGCUUUCACAGCUAAGGGCAUGAAAUACGUCUCUGUGUUGAUCAGCUUCGGUGCUGUUGCUGGACUGACAACUACACUUUUAGUUGGCCUUUAUGUUCAGUCUCGGUUAUAUCUUGGACUUGGAAGAGAUGGUUUAUUACCAGCUAUUUUUGCUAAAUUACAUCCAAAACGGCAUACACCGGUUCAUUCUCAAGUUUGGGUUGGUCUUAUUGCCAGCGUCUUGGCCGGACUUCUAAACGUUCGUGUCCUCUCGCAUAUUCUCUCGGUUGGAUCCUUGACAGGGUAUUCAGUUGUGUCAGCAUGCGUAGUAGCCAUACGGUGGAAGGAUAAGACACCUUCAACUCAGGCUUCUACUAGGCGUAUUUCCACAAGGGCAGAAGGCAUCAUUUGCCUACUCGCAGUUGCCUUUUCCGGUUUUGCUGGUGGACUCAUCUUCCGUUUUGGUGCUUCGCUUCUUUUCGUGAUCGUACCUUCUGUUUUUGCAAUCUUUUCUGCUGUAGCUCUUCAUCUUAGACAUGUUUAUACAGAUCCACCAGGAUUUUCUUGCCCUGGAGUUCCAUUAAUUCCAUCUCUCAGCAUUUUCGUCAACAUGUUCUUAUUCGCUCAGAUUCACUAUGAAGCCUGGGUGAGAUUUGUGGUCCUCAGCAUUGUUACACUCGGUAUAUAUGCGUUUUACGGACAGUUUCACGCCAAUCCUGACACUGCUAAUGGAGUUUAACUUCCCAACUGCCAACCUACCUACUAACUUGUUGUAGACUUGUAG